CGGCUCAGGCGGCUCGCUCCCCCAGGCGGCAGUUCCCUCCGAAGGCACCCCACACCGCCCUUUCGCUCGCCGGGACUCCCGGGCAAAGGAUCGGCGGCGGGCGCGCUCGCGUCGAAGAGGGCAUGGCGGCUCCGGAGCGAAGGGCCUUCGCGCACCGUAUUAACCGGACUGUGGCAGCUGAAGUGAGGAAACAGGUGUGUCGAGAAUAUGGCAACUCACCACAGCUCUCCAAGAAACGUGGUGGCACCCUGCAGUCGUUACCUCUGACAGAAGUGGUAGAGCCAAUUGACUUUGAGAAAUACCUUAGCACUCACUUACCAGAUGCUGAGCAAGGCCCACUUAGUGACCUGAUUGAGUUUCCUGCAAAUGACCUGGAAGUGUCCCAUGAACCCCGGGACUGUCGGACCCUGGAACCUGGUGGGCCUGAGGAUGGAAAACAAGAUGCCCGGGUAAGAGAUGCUGUCCAAGUCUACACAGAAGAUUGGGUCAUUGUCAAAAGGAAGUACCAGAAAUUGAGUACCAUGUAUAAUGCCAUUACUGCUGAGAGGCAAAAAGAAAGGCAGAAAGGAUUAUCUGGACAAGUCUUUGAAUUAGAUGAAGUAGUUGAAGAGAGGAGCAAUCAAGGGGAUACGGAUGACAUAAAGCGCUGCUCUGGUUCCUUGGAAGAUAUGCCCCGAGGCAGUUGGACAUCCAGUAUCUUUGACCUGAAGAACUCUGCAGCUGACUUUUUACUGCGUUCACUCCUGGUGCGCACUGCCAUCGAAGAGACUGACUGCCGUAAUGAGGAGCUGCGCAAGAAGAACCGACAUCAGGAGAUAUUGGCCCUUUACUCAGCCCCUGAUGAAGAAGAGGCAGUAGAACGGUGCAGCAUCCCAGAUAUUCCAAAAGAGCAGUUUGGGCAGAGGAUCUUAGUGAAAUGCUUGUCUCUGAAGUUUGAAAUAGAAGUUGAACCCAUCUUUGGAUCACUGGCACUCUACGAUGUGAAAGAAAAAAAAAAGAUCUCUGAAAAUUUUUAUUUUGAUCUCAAUUCGGAACAUAUGAAAAGCCUUCUCCGAACUCACAGCACUCAUCCUGCCAUCUCUACACUAGCUCGUUCAGCUGUGUUCUCUCUUACACAUCCUUCUCCAGAAAUAUUCUUGGUGAUCAAGCUGGAGAAAGUGCUACAACAAGGGGACAUUAGUGAAUGCUGUGAACCUUACAUGGUCAUGAAGGAAACAGAUGGUGUGAAGAACAAGGAGAAGUUGGAGAAGCUGCGAGUGGCAGGAGAGCAAUUUUGCACCCGGUUGGGGCGCUACCGUAUGCCAUUUGCCUGGACUGCCAUCCACCUCAUGAAUAUAAUUAGCACUACUGGGAUGCUUGAGAGGGAUGCGUCAGACUCUGAAAAUGAGCGCAAAGGCACCUGGAAUGAGCGCAAGAGGAAAGCCUAUGGACGCCUGAGUGUUGGGGAGGAGAUGUGCAGCUUUAGCAACUUCCGUCCAGCCACCCUCACAAUUACCAAUUUUUUCAAACAGGAAGGUGAUCGUCUCAGUGAUGAGGACUUGUAUAAGUUCCUAGCAGAUAUGAGGCGCCCAUCUUCUGUCCUGAGAAGACUCCGUCCAGUUACAGCUCAAUUCAAGAUUGAUAUUUCACCAGUGCCAGAAAACCCCCAUUAUUGCCUCUCACCUGAACUGUUGCAUGUCCAGCCCUACCCUGAUUUGCGUGUCCGACCCACUAAGGAGAUCCUUGAAUUCCCAGUUCGAGAAGUCUACAUCCCUCACACAACAUAUCGGAAUCUACUCUACAUUUAUCCACAGAGCCUGAAUUUCAGCAGCCGUCAAGGCUCGGUGCGAAACAUUGCAGUGAAACUGCAGUUUAUGGCUGGAGAGGAUCCUAGCCAAGCCAUGCCUGUUAUCUUUGGAAAAUCAAGUUGCAGUGAGUUUGCUAAAGAGGCUUACACAGCUGUUGUGUACCAUAACAAAUCACCUGAGUUCUAUGAGGAGUUCAAGCUGAAGAUCCCAGCCAAUUUGACAGACAACCAUCACUUGCUUUUCACCUUUUAUCACAUUAGCUGUCAACAGAAGCAGAACACACCUCUGGAGACUCCUGUUGGUUACACAUGGAUUCCUCUCAUGCAACAUGGACGGCUGAGAACAGGGCAGUUUUGCCUGCCAGUGUCUGUUGACAAGCCUCCACCCAGCUAUUCAGUGCUCACCCCUGAUGUGCAGCUACCUGGCAUGAAGUGGGUGGAUAAUCACAAAGGGGUCUUCAGUGUGGAGGUUCUGGCUGUCUCCUCUGUCCACACUCAGGAUCCAUUCUUGGACAAGUUCUUCACCUUGAUACACGUGCUAGAAGAAUAUACCUUUCCCUUUCGACUUAAAGAUGUGAUCCUAACAGAGAAUAACAUAGAGUCUGAAUUGAAAUCUAGUGUGGGCAACUUACGAGUGGCUAGCCUGGAACCUUUGGUGGCCUUCAGUCAUCAGAUUCUCAACAAGCUGAUCCAACUCAUUGUGUACCCACCUGUCAUUGCAGGGCAGAUUGUGAACUUGGGUCGUGCAGCAUUUGAAGCCAUUGCUGUGAUGGUGAACCAGAUCCACAAGAGCCUGGAGAGCAGCCAAGAUCAGCAUGGCCACAAUCAUCUGUUGGCCUCUUAUAUCUUCUACGUUUUCCGUCUGCCUGUGAUGGAACCAGAGACUGGAGUGCCACCCCACAGUGGUACCCUUCAGUAUGCUACCUUAUCCCGUGCAACUGGGCGCCCUAUCAGCCUUAACCUCUCUCGUUCCAAAAGUAUCAGCAAUAGCAAUCCUGACUUGACGACCACACCAACUUCCCCAGAUGAAGAGGUUCAGAAGAUUAUCAGCAGCAAGGGGAUCGACCGCUCUCACUCUUGGGUCAACUCUGCCUAUGCCCCUGGAGGCCCCAAGUCUGUGCUUCGCAGAAACCAUCCGAACUCCAGCACGGACCUGAAGCAGGCUGCAGAGUGUGCACCUAAUCGCAUCUCCUCCUAUCUCGAGGGCUCCACUUUUGUGCCGGCAGCUCCGAUGAGACCAGCAACCAAAAAGCUACUUCAUGAAGAACUGGCCCUCCAGUGGGUGGUGAGCACCAGUUCUGUGCGGGAGGCUGCUUUGCAUCAAUCCUGGUUCUUCUUCCAGCUGAUGGUGAAGAGUAUGAUACACCAUCUGUUCCUGUGUGACAAGCUAGAAGCCCCGCGCAAGACACGCUUCCCUGGCCGUUUCAUUGAUGAUAUCUCAGCCCUGGUAUACACUGUUAGUGGUGAAAUUGCUAGCCGUUGUCAGAAGGAUGUGGAACUGGUGGAGCAUCUCAACAGUAGCCUGGCCUUUUUUCUCAAUGACCUGCUGUCGUUCAUGAAUCGUGGCUUUGUCUUUGAUCUUCUGCGGUCUUAUUAUAAGCAGAUCAAUAACUGGCUGUUGACCACACAAAACCCCAAUGCUCUCAUUGCUCUCAGGAUGGACUUGAUCCGUAUUGUCUGCAGCCAUGAACAUUAUGUCACCCUAAAUCUUCCCUGCAGUGGCCUCUCCCCUCCUGCUUCCCCUUCUCCCUCCAUCUCAUCAGCAACUUCCCAGAGUUCAGCAUUCUCCAGCCACACACAGGACCAGCGAGUGGCCAGCAUGUUUGAGCUCUCUGUAGCUUUUCGCCAACAGCACUUCCUGGCAGGCUUGGUGUUAAUGGAACUGGCACUCAUCCUGGAGCCUGAUGCAGAGGGGGCAUUCUUCCUGCACAAGAAAGCCAUCUGUACUCUACACAACCUGCUGUGCAGUCAUGACUCUGAUACUCGCUACAAGGACCCUACUGUGCGAGCCCAAGUCGCUCAGCUCUAUUUGCCUCUGAUUGGCAUCAUCAUGGAUGCUCUACUGCAGCUCUAUGACUUUACAGAGAACCACAUCCAAAGAGGGCGGCUUGCUUCUGUGAUGGUUGACGAUGGAGAUGGAGAUGGCAGCACCAUUAGCCAGUCAGUUGCCAUGGCCAUUGCAGGCUCUCCUUUGCCUCAUACUCAUCGGUCUACCAUCUUCCAAAUGCCAUCAGUGCCUCCCCGCCAGUACAGCAUGUUGUCUGCUGAAGCAAGUCGCAAUCUGCUGGUGUGUCUUCUGUGGGUACUGAAAAAUGCUGAUGGGGCUGUGCUACAUCGUUGGCUGGCUGACCUCUCAGCUUUCCAUUUGAACCGUCUACUUGACUUACUCUACCUCUGUGUCUCCUGCUUUGAAUACAAGGGCAAAAAGGCCUUUGAACGCAUCAAUAGCCUGACCUUCAAAAAAUCUCUGGACAUGAAGGCGCGACUGGAGGAAGCCAUCUUAGGCACUAUUGGAGCACGUCAAGAAAUGGUUCGACGCAGCCGAGCAGAGCGCAGUCCCUUUGCAAACCAAGAAAAUGUUCGCUGGAGGAAGAAUAUUGCUCACUGGAGACAGAAUUCGGACAAGGUGGACAAGUCAAAGGAAGAAAUGGAGCAUGAUGCUUUGGUAGAUGGAAACCUGGCUACAGAGGCCAAUAUGGUGGUGCUGGAUACCCUGGAAAUUAUUGUGCAAACAGUGUCUGAAACCAAGGAGAGUGUCCUGGGUGGGGUGCUGAGGGUGCUUCUUCACAGCAUGGGCUGUACACCUAGUGCUGCCUUCUUGCAACACUGCUUUGCCACUCAGAGAGCACUAGUGAGCAAGUUUCCUGAAAUGCUUUUUGAAGAAGAAACUGAACUGUGUGCUGAUCUGUGCCUACGUCUCCUACGCCACUGUAGUAGCAGAAUAGCCAUCAUUCGCACCCAUGCAAGCACCUCACUCUACCUUCUCAUGAGACAGAACUUUGAGAUUGGCAAUAACUUUGCCCGAGUGAAGAUGCAGGUUACCAUGUCGCUCUCUUCGCUUGUGGGAACAUCGCAGAACUUCAAUGAGGAGCACUUGAGGCGCUCCCUGAAAACCAUCCUUACCUAUGCUGAAGAAGACCCAGAGUUGCGAGAGACAACCUUUGCUGAGCAGGUACAAGAUCUUGUCUUUAACUUGCACAUGAUCCUGACAGAUACAGUGAAGAUGAAAGAGCAUCAGGAGGAUCCAGAGAUGCUGAUAGACCUUAUGUAUAGGAUAGCCAAGGGAUACCAGGCAUCACCAGAUCUGAGGCUAACAUGGCUGCAGAACAUGGCAGCAAAGCAUUCCGAACGUGGAAACCAUGCAGAGGCAGCACAGUGUUUGGUGCAUUCUGCUGCACUGGUAGCUGAAUAUCUGAGUAUGUUAGAAGACUGCCGCUAUUUACCGAUAGGCUGUGUCACUUUCCAGAACAUAUCUUCCAAUGUGCUAGAAGAGUCUGCUGUUUCAGAUGACAUAUUGUCCCCAGAUGAAGAGGGCAUCUGCUCUGGAAAAUACUUCACAGAACAAGGAUUGGUAGGCUUGCUUGAGCAAGCAGCUUCUUCAUUUACUUUGGGUGGACUUUAUGAGGCUGUCAAUGAAACCUACAAGAUCCUCAUUCCUAUCCAUGAAGCCAACCGUGACUUCAAGAAGUUGGCAGUUCUGCAUGGCAAACUGCAAGAUGCUUUCAGCAAGAUAACUAGCCAGAGAAUGUUUGGAACAUAUUUCCGGGUUGGUUUUUAUGGCAGCAAAUUUGGAGACCUGGAUGAACAAGAGUUUGUCUACAAAGAACCUUCCAUUACUAAAUUAGCUGAAAUUUCUCAUCGACUUGAGGAGUUUUAUGCUGAACGUUUUGGGCAUGAAAUGGUGGAAAUCAUCAAAGGUUCCAAUCCUGUAGACAAGACCAAACUGGAUCCUAAUAAGGCAUAUAUCCAGUUGACUUAUGUGGAGCCUUUCUUUGACACAUAUGAACUGAAGGACCGUGUCACAUAUUUUGACAAGAACUACAAUCUGCGCACCUUCAUGUUUUGUACUCCUUUCACAUUGGAUGGACGAGCACACGGGGAUCUACACGAGCAGUUCAAGCGCAAGACUCUGCUAACCACUUCCCAUGCUUUCCCUUACAUCAAAACCCGCAUUAAUGUAAUCCACAAGGAAGAGAUUAUUCUUAUUCCUAUUGAAGUAGCCAUAGAGGACAUGCAGAAGAAGACUCAGGAAUUGGCUUUUGCCACCCACCAGGACCCAGCUGAUGCCAAGAUGCUGCAGAUGGUGCUUCAGGGAUGUGUUGGAACUAUAGUCAACCAGGGUCCUCUGGAAGUGGCACAGGUAUUUUUGGCUGAGAUCCCUGAUGACCCCAAGCUCUAUCGACACCAUAACAAACUCCGAUUGUGCUUCAAAGAUUUCACUAAGAGAUGUGAAGAUGCCCUUCGUAAAAGCAAGACACUGAUUGGACCAGACCAACGUGAGUUCCUGCGAGAACUAGAGAGGAAUUACCAGCGUCUAAAGGAAGCUCUGCACCCGCUUCUCAACCGCAAAAUCCCUCAACUCUACACACCAGUUGCCCUUCAUUCUGCACACAGAAACUCCUUUAACAGAUUGUGCCUGCGGAAGAUGGAAGCCUAACCUGGAUUUCUUGAAUUGCAAGGAGCCUAAUUUAUGAGAGGAAGUAUUGAAUUUUGCAGUCACCAAAGUUUCAGUCUUAAUGAAGGAUUGUGCACUUACUUUGCACUGGAAGACAAUAUUGAGAUUCCUGCCCUACUUUUCCUGGCAUUGUUCAAGAUUUGAAGACAGAGUUUCAAUUAAAAGGAAGGAGAAUAUUGGUUGAAGGUGGUAGUAGGGAGGAGCUGGCUCCCACAUCUUCCUUGUUGAAGACUGAGCUCCACCCUCAGGAAACUUCUCCACACACAGCCAUCUGGGUUGGGAAGGCUAGGUCAGAUCUCCUGCAGAACUUCUUGAUCCAAGUGGAGAUUUGUGUCAUAGGCACUGACCUUGAAUUUCCAUAUACAGCAGGUAGAUCCAAAAUGUAACUCUAGGUGGACUUGGAGGUUCCUUCAUUGUGGUUUCUCUGCUGCUUUCUCUUUGAAAGCUGAGAUUAGCUGAAGAAUUUGAAACCCUCCACUAUUCAUCCAAUCUCUUCUUUUGUUCUGUUCUUUUCACACUUUUUUGGCUUUUGGUCACUUGAAAUAUCCAGUUAUUUAUGGAUCCAUAAGAAUGACUGGCUUAGUUUCUGGGUCUCAUUCCUAACUUAGGGAAGAACAUAGUGGUAUCUAGGUCAAGGUUAGAAGAUUGAACCCUUAUAACACCUGGAUUUGAUUACUGCAUAUUCCUUGAUCUUCCUACCCAGAGUUUAGGCCGAAACCAAGGAAUUAUAAUUUUUAUCUCUGUUGCUCUUUGUCCUGUCUCCCAAGUUUUUAUUAAGAACUCCUAAACUACUUUUUAGAAUCCUCAUUAUCUAUAUUUGCUACAUGGACCAAAAAACUUCUGAAGUCUUUCCCAGAAGAGGCACAUUGUCAUUCACUCUCUCCUUCCCUCUCACACAUGCAAACAAACUACAUCAGUGCAUUCUACAGAAGGAUGAGGAGGGAGGAUGAGUGAAGGGAAAGCAAAUAUAUAGGUGGUCUGUGUGUUUGUUUCUUAAGAAAAUUAGCAUAUUUUCCUCUUUGUAUGUUUUUCUCUUUUCCCCCUCUCUCCCAUGCUUCUCCAGCAAAUGAUGCAAACUAAACUUGAAUUGUAAAUGAUAUAUAUUAUUCUCAGAAAUAUUUUCCUGGGCAGAGACCUUGACUCUGUAGAGGUAGGGUGAAGGAUUUCUGGGAAGAUAGGUAGAAUAUGUCUGAAGAAUAUUCUGAUUUAAUUGGAAAAAGUAUGAAGUUACAUUCCAAAAUGUUCCAGAUUGCCUUUUUAAUUUUCAGGAACAUACAGAAACACUGUGCCAUUUAAAUACAAGGAUGUCCUGGCUAUUAUGAUUCAACCUAGCCCUUUGAACUGAAGUCUUCAAUAACGGUAGAAAGCAAAAAUUGGUUAGCGGCUCAUCAUGGCUGUGAGUCUUUAAUUAAAGCUGCUCCUGUUUGGAAUCGAAAUACACCUCCAACAUUUUCUCUAGAUCAGAAUUCUGUCUUGUUCCAAGUCUCUGAUUGAUAGCUGAGCCUUGAUUUUUGUCUUGAGGAAAUUAUAAUAAACUUUAUUUAUAAUCCAAUUAUUAAAAUGAAAUGUGAAAUGUCUGGCCCCAUUCUUUUUCAUGGAUACCAAAGCCUUUCUUAUUUGCAUGUCAGGCAUUGAAGAAUUCCAUACAAGCUAUAUUUGUCCGAUAUCAUAAUGAAAUCAGCAAUGUGAUGGAACCCAUGUCCCAUGAUUUUACAUUUUUGAAAAGAUCAAAUUUCCAGCCUCCAUUGUUAAAACAAAAGCUGAAGAUUCUGUGUAAUAUUUGAAAAUUAUAAGGAGAUAGUGUUGAGAUAGUGCUAUUAUAAUCAUGUGGUCCUUUUUCUUGCUUUUGCCUUGAUAUGAUAGUUUAUCUCUUCUUCCUUACUGGGCAGCUAGUGAUAAUCUUUUCUGUGUCAUUGGCAAAGCCUGCAGUUCUAAAAACAUAUUCAGUUGUUUAGUUAAUGUAAACUGUUAGCCAGAAUUUUCUGUAUUCGGAUAAGUAUGAUGUGACUGUCCUUCAGCAUUAUUUCCAGAUCUGUAGAGCUGUCGUAUCAGGGGUUAGAUGCCCAGUUUGGCUUUAUCUCUGGCAUAGAAUGACUGAAGAAGAGUCAUUGGGGUAAUUGGCUAUUUGCUAUGAAAGAGGUAAACUUUCCAAGUCAAGCGAUUGCUGGGGAUUUUAUGGAAUUCAUCCACAUGAUUUUCUUCUAGCAAUAUAGCAAUAGCACUUAAUACUGCUUCACAGUGCUUUACAGCCCUCUUUAAGUAAUUCACAAAGUCAGCAUCUUGCCCCCAACAAUCUGUGUCCUCAUUUUUCCAGCCUUGGAAAGAUGGAUGGCUAAGUCAAUAUGGAAAUGGUUAGUCAUUGCCAUCUUUUGGUAUAGUUUUCAACUUACUAGUUGGGCCUCCCAUCCAUAUACUGCCCAGGUUUGAUCCUUUUUAGAUUUUCAAAAUCAACAAAAGCCAGUUGAUGGGGUGAGGGGGACAAGUACACAUUUAAAGAAAAAAGAUUGUAAAUAUGACAGUGAAACAAUAAAUAAAGCAAAGUAAAAUCAGGAAGAAUCAUUUAGGAACCAUUAAAGAAUCUUGUCAAGUAGGAUAAAAAAUUACAAUGAUGGAAGGACAGUAUUGGCAGAUAUGAGAUCCUUGUAGCAAUGAGAAUUGGAUGAAGAAGCUAAUGAUAGAGUUGCAGUAUAUAGUCCAUCUCUUGUCAGAGGAGUCGUUAGAGUUGAACACUGCUUGGCCAAGAAAGUAGGGAGCAACAAAACUCCUAAAUACCAGUGUUGGGGAGGCUGGGCCCUGCACAUUUGUUCUGAUGGCAGAAAAAUAGCCUAAAGAAGAGACAUGAUAGGAGUCCUCAAAUACCAGAAGGGCUGUCAUGGGGAAGAGGGUUUGGAUAGGUCCAUUGGUCCAAAAGUAGAAGAACCAAGCUUCAGCAAUUUUCUGAGCACAUGCGUUAUUAAGCAGAAUAGCCUGUUCCCCAGUGUGAUGAAUAUUCUAUCCCUGAACAUUGUCAAGCAAAAGUUGGAUUUCAAUUUGUCUGGGAUGGUCUGGGGAUUUCUGUCCUGGGCAGUAGAUUGAAUUAGAAGUCCUCCAAAUCCCUUCCAAGUCAGUGAUUCUAGGAUGGAGGAUAUUCCAUUGGAAAGAAAAGGGAAGAGGCUAAUGCUUUUCUUGUUAGAAAUGAGCUACUCAAAGCUCAAACUAUAUUGUUACAAUAGUGCUUUAAAUACCACAAGAGAUUGUGAGGAGAGGAAUGUCUCCUCAAAUUGGCAGCAAUACUGGAGGAAUGCACUCAGUUGUGAGGAAGGUAGCUUGAGUGACUUAGAAAUGUGCUUGGAAUUUUAUCCUGGUAAUAAGAUUCCUAUGAGUUUGAGAUCUUUAUAGCAGCAACAGAAAAUAGUACCCUAUGUUCAUCUAAUUUAUCCAAGUAGAAAUAGACCAGGAAGAAGGGUUCUGUUGUGGCAGCGAGGAUUAUUUCACCUCAUUGCCUGUCUUAAGCCACUAAAAACACUACCAGCUUUUAUUUAGGUAAGAUAAAUAAAUCUGCUAAAGUGUUGCCUCCUGUGUGAAGACGCCCUCUUUUCUCAGGCAUUCACUUGUACUAUAUCAAGGCCCAAGGUGGGAAAUAUAAUCAUUUUCUGUUUUCUGAACAAGUUGUUGGCAUGAGAAAAGCACGAGUACAGCAAAGCUGGUUUUCUUAGAAGUAGUACACAUGUCAAGUGUGCAAUAGUAAAACAAAGCCUAGUUUUAUCUACAUGGCAUGUUAGCAAGUUUUCUAUCAGAAACCCAUGCAUUGGAGGCACUGGAAUAUUAGCAGAUGCAGACUAAACUUGGCAAUAUUCUGUAGAGCAAGUGCCCUCCACCAAACAGCACAGCCCGAGUUCUUCUGGCUAGCAACAAAUUGAAGGCAGAAGUGUUUGGAAAUGACCUUCUGGAAUUACUGUUCUAUGGUCUGCAAAGAAACACUUGGUCUAAGCUGGGGGUGGGCAACCUGUGGCUCCCGAGCCGCAUGCGGCUCUUUGGGCCCCCUGCUGCAGCUCCCUGCCACCCUGUCACAGCAGUGGCAUAGUCAGAGCCUUAGUGCAGGAACGAAGCACCCCUGCUCUUGCCUUUGUGUGGCAACAGCAUUCUGCCUUUGUCGCAAUAAAUUUGCUGUUACCGCCAGCAAAGAGGACUGGGAGAGAAUGGUGGGGGAAGAUCUUGCGGGGUGGGGGCCAUCCCCCAAGCCUGACCUUCCUCCUCCCUUGUCGGCAGGGCCAAGAAAAGAACUGGGCAGCAUGGGGAAGCACUCCUUUUCCCCGCCAAGCGCCGAGCUCAACAGCCCGGGGGAGUAGAUGGCCCGGCAGAAGUGCCCCCAUUGGCGAGUUGGACAGUGGAGAGGCAUGGCCCGGCUUUCACAGCGGACACUGUUCACCAUCUUCCUCCAUCUCUGCUCUUUCACCCUAGCACUAGCUAUGUUUCUGCUUGCUUUCUUUUCCUGUGCCUUCGCCGUGCAGCAAUGCCUAGGGCCGUGGGGUGGUAGCAGCAGAGGCGUCAGGGAUUCCCCCCCACUCAGCAAGCCAGGCUUGGAGGAGCACAGAGAGUUGCAGGUGAGUGCCGGAUGGUCAGAAGAUGUGCUCCGACGUCACCCCAACACACGUUUCCAGUGUGCACUCCUCUGUCCUGAAGUAGGAUUGAGUGGGGGGAAGGGAAGGAGAAGCCCCGGCUGGCUUUCCUUUGGCAUGGGGUGGGGUAAAGACUCAAUACCCACUCCAUGGCCGGCCUGCUGCUGUUCCAGCGCCUUGCAGCACAGUGAAAGCAUGUUUCACAAUGGGGGAGACUGGAUCCCCACCUCCUCCUGGAGCCCAUUCCCUGUCCCACUCACCCCUGGCAGCUCUCUUUCUCUCCCUCUCUCUCAGGGUGGAGAGCAAACCCGGAAGUAGCCGCCCGCCGUUUCCCACCAGUCAGGCAGCAAGAGAGAGAGAGAGAGAGACAGAUUCAGUUCUCGCCAAAGAUGCUCACCCAUCAGCCAGUCUCCCUCUCUUUCUGUGUGUGUGUGUGUGUGUCGCUAUGUGUCCCUUCUCACUGUUGUAUACAGCCAGCAGCCAUGUGACGAGGACACAUAGCUGAUUGGUUCGCCAGCACGGCAACUGGCUGGCAGGACAUUGAAGGAUGCCGAUUGACCAAGCCGCUGACAGCUCUACUAUAAAAGAGCUGUAAGUGCUGAGGAAGUUGCUCACUCGAUGUUGGCUUAUGAGCGAGUCACUGUUAGCGUUUGUUGUUAAUAAAGAUUC